AACUUAAACUCCCUCCCACCAGCCUCUUUCCUCAUCCCCCUUCUAUCUUCUUGUUCUUUCUGGGCGUCGCCCAGCCGACUAUAAAAAGUAGAAUAAACUGCCAGUGACUCCUUCACUCAACUCCGUCCUUCACGCCAAGUAUCCUUCCUACUUCGCAUCCUGCACAUCCUAACCUGCAGCCAUGACUGACUUGGAGAAAUGCAUGGAGUCCCUCAUCGCCAUCUUCCACCGCUACGCCAAAGACGACGGCGAAGGCAAGACGCUCAGCAAAAAAGAACUGAAAAAGCUGAUGGAGACCGAGUUACCCACCUUCCUCAAGACUCAGAAGAACCCCAAAACGGUGGACUGCAUCUUGGAGGACCUGGACCACAACAAAGACGAGAAGUUGGACUUUGAGGAGUUUCUCCCCCUGGUUGCAGGUCUCUCUUUGGCCUGCGAGAAGUGCUACGUGUUGCACCAGAAGAAGGGCAAACAGUAGAAGAAGACCUCUCGGUCUGCUCCACCACCAUAAAGAAAGCUUUGAUUGAA